CCUGGUCUUGGCACCGUGAGAACUGAAGGACGUUUCUCCAACCGGGGGAGUGUCCAGUUAGCCGGCUAGUUGCUUUGUUUGCUAAUUAGCUUAGCUUACGUUUUAAGCUCUCUGGAACUGUUAACGUUCUGCUUGCCGUUGUUUUUUCCUAACUCUAUGGUCUUCCUGCUGGUGUCAGAAGUAUAUUUAUAACCUUAACGUUAGAAUAUUCUCAAAUUCGUUCCUGUCAGCUGCGCUAGUCAGCUUGCUAACAUCAUUAGCCCUCUAGCUAACUAGCUAGCUAGCAAACUUGCAGCCGUAACGUCGUCUGUAGGUCUUUUUGAAGCUGUUCUAGACUCACGGUGGGCAUUUUAGCACCUUAUUCGAUUACCUAACUUCAAAGGUUUCGUCCAAUAAAUUAGCCAUUUGCUACAAUACCUACUACUGCAAGCUAGCACAUACGUGUAGCCAUUACUAGUAUUAGCUUCGCUGAGACUGCGCAGACGGGACAGCAGUCACAUGAUUUAAACAAGGAAGUCUGUUUCUGUGUUUGUGAGGGAGAACAGAGUUUGGUGUUCAGAUGGCAGCUGAGUCAACUGAAAAGGGCUCAGCUCCUCCAAAACUGCAGUUCGCACCUUUCUCCAGUGCACUUGAGGCCGGGUUCUGGCAUCAGCUCACCCAGAAGAAGCUGAAUGACUACCGUCUAGAUGAAAGUCCAAAAAGCAUCAAGAGUUAUUACUAUAAUGGGGACCCAUCUGGCCUGCCAACUCGUCUGACUCUGGAGUUCAGCGCAUUUGAAAUCGAUGGACCCACACCAGCUCACUGCUGUCCUGCUGUAGGCACUCUGUACAACACCAACACCCUUGAAGCUUUUAAGUCUACAGACAAGAAAGCACUUCUAGACCAAGUAGCUAAUGAGAUCUGGAAUGCCAUAAAGUCAGGUGCUGCGGUGGAAGACCCUUCAGUCCUGACCAGGUUCAUCCUCCUGACCUUUGCAGAUCUGAAGAAAUACCACUUUUACUACUGGUUCUGUUUCCCUGCUCUGUGCUUCGUUGAAGGAAUUCAGCUUGUAAAGGAUCCCGUCUUACUAGAGCAAAAGUUCUCCCCCAAACAGAUAUCUUCUUUUCAAGUGGCGUAUGACAGGCUCUGUUCUUCAAGUGGAACAACAGCUGUCCCAUAUUUUCUGGUGAAGUACUCUGAGGAGAGCGUUGAAGUGGCCUCACUCAAAGGCUGGAGCUCGUUCUUCACAGACCUAAAGAAGGUUACCGUGGGGGUGUAUGACCCGUGUACGCUGCCUCAACAUCCUGGCUGGCCUCUUCGUAAUUUUCUGGUCCUCCUCGCCAGUAAAUGGGGUUCACAGCUGGAUGUGGUUGAGGUUCUCUGCUUCAGGGACAGGACACUCCAAGGCACUCGCUCAGUGCAGCACAGCAUCGUUUUUCAGGUCAAGCUUCCCAGCCUGUCCCUGUCUGCAGCUUGUCCAAAGAGUGUUGGCUGGGAGAAGAACCCCAAAGGAGCAAUGGGACCAAGAAGUGUCAAUCUCAGUGAAUGUAUGGAUCCCAAAAGACUUGCAGAAUCAUCAGUGGAUCUGAAUUUGAAGUUGAUGCGCUGGCGUCUGGUCCCCUCGUUGGAUCUAGAUAAGGUCGUGUCUACCAAGUGUUUGUUACUUGGAGCUGGUACUCUGGGCUGCAACGUGGCGAGGACACUCAUGGGCUGGGGGGUGAGACACAUAACCUUUGUGGACAAUGCAAAGAUUUCCUACUCCAACCCAGUGAGGCAGCCCCUGUAUGAGUUUGAAGACUGCUUGAGUGGAGGGAAAUCUAAAGCCUUGGCUGCUGUGGACAGAUUAAGGAAGAUCUUCCCUGGUGUGAAUGCAGAGGGCUUCAACAUGAGCAUCCCGAUGCCUGGCCACCCUGUGAAUUUUUCAGAAGUGACGAUUGCACAAGCACAACGAGAUGUGGAACAGCUGGAGGCACUCAUUUCGGCUCAUGACGUCGUUUUUCUGCUGAUGGACACUCGAGAGAGCCGAUGGCUUCCCACAGUCAUAGCUGCCAGCCAAAGAAAGCUUAUCGUUAAUGCUGCUCUUGGAUUUGACACCUUUGUGGUAAUGAGGCAUGGCCUGAAAAAACCUAAAGCCUCAGAUGCUGGAGACUCCAGCCCUUCAUCAGCUUCCUCUCUGUCUGACUCAUCUUCAUCCUCCACUCCAGCAAUACCAGGAGCAUCUCUUUUCUCCAACAUACCUGGGCACCGACUUGGCUGUUACUUCUGCAAUGAUGUCGUUGCUCCUGGUGAUUCGACCCGGGACAGGACACUGGACCAGCAGUGUACAGUCAGCCGGCCUGGUCUUGCUAUGAUAGCUGGUGCCCUGGCAGUGGAGCUGAUGGUCUCCAUACUCCAGCAUCCAGAAGGAGGCUAUGCAGUGGCCAGUAGCAGCGAUGACCGCAUGAAUGAGCCCCCGACCUCACUUGGCCUCGUCCCUCAUCAGAUUAGAGGCUUCCUGUCCAGGUUUGAUAAUGUUCUUCCUGCAAGCUUGGCUUUUGAUAAGUGCACUGCCUGCUCCCCAGUGGUGCUUGACCAUUAUGAGCGAGACGGGUUCCAGUUUUUGUCGAAGGUUUUUAACUCCUCUCAUUCCUUCCUGGAGGAUUUGACUGGUUUGACGCUGCUGCAUCAGGAGACACAGGCUGCAGAGAUCUGGGACAUGAGUGAUGAUGAGAGUAUUUAAACAUGGAUCCAGUGAGAAGCCUCUGCAGGAGCGAACAAAACUUAGCACUGCUAACACAUCAUGGCCGUCCACUCAUCAUGGAGAUCACUUGCCUUGAGAGAUCAGUAAUGAACAGACAGAGGUACAGAUUCGUGCACUGGUUUAGUAAAAGCGCAACAAUGUCGGUUUUGAAUGGAAAUGAUGGUGAGUUCCAUGGUGUGUCCUUCAUCUCCAGAGAGCUGUUGUUUGCAACCCAACUGAACCCACAUCUCGUGUUUGAUCUUCAUUAUUGUACCGUAGCUCACAUUUUCACAGUAAUCGUCCAGCUGACAUAACUUCAGAUUUGGUUUGGUAACAUGUCAAACACAUUUGUGUAUCUGUCAUAACCUGCUAAUAAACUGUCUGUGUAUUGCUUCUUCA